GGGAUGGAGCAUUCACAACAUCCCUGGGCAACCCAUUCCAGCGCCUCACCACCCUUACAGUAAAGAACUUCUUCCUUAUAUCCAAUCUAAACUUCCCCUGUUUAAGUUUUAACCCAUUACCCCUUGUCCUGUCACUACAGUCCCUAAUGAAGAGUCCCUCCCCAGCAUCCCUAUAGGCCCCCUUCAGAUACUGGAAGGCUGCUAUGAGGUCUCCAUGCAGCCUUCUCUUCUCCAGGCUGAACAGCCCCAACUUUCUCAGCCUGUCUUCAUACGGGAGGUGCUCCAGUCCCCUGAUCAUCCUCGUGGCCUCCUCUGCACUUGUUCCAACAGUUCCAUGUCCUUUUUAUGUUGAGGACACCAGAACUGCACACAAUACUCCAGAUAAUCUGUAUUACCCAUUAUCCCAUGGUGUGUGAAACAGUCCUUUUCAAGAUGUAUGGAAUAUUGCAUGUUGCAUCAACACCAAGAACAAGUUCAACAGAGUUUAAUGGAGAACAUAGACACAGCCUCUCACAACGUGUUUUUCCAAGUUAUGCUUGUGCCUUUUUGGACGAUGACCCUGCUUAUGAAUAUCAUUCCACAAAUGCUCCACCAGGAUCCCUUUCCAUAUGUCGCCGCAGCCCUCGACUGCUUUCUAAUGGGUAUUACAUUUGGACAGAAGACAGUUUUCUGUCUGAUGAAGAGGGCAACAUAACAUUGACACCAUCCCAGACAAGUGUUACAUACAAAGAGAAUUUAGUUCGUGUAUUCAGGCGAAGGAAGAAAAUCCGUCGCUCUCUUGCCAGCUUGUUCAGUCUCAAUGCCUCCACUUCUUGGCUCAGCAGCACCGUCCCCAGCAAAAUGGAUUCCUCCCAUGUAGAUGAUCCUUGGCCUGGUGAAUGCAAUGAACUAGAAGCCAGUCAGAGUGAUGUUGUCACUGAAGAUCUUGUUAGAAGACGUGCAGAGCAUAACGACUGUGAAAUAUUUUCACUGGAAGAAAUCUCUUUACAUCAGCAGGAAAUAGAAAAACUAGAGUAUCUUGACAAGUGGUGUCGAGAUUUAAAAAUUCUCUAUCUUCAGAAUAAUCUAAUUCCAAAAAUUGAAAAUGUGGGCAAGCUGAAGAAGCUGGAAUACUUAAAUGUAGCUUUGAACAACAUAGAAAGAAUUGAAAAUCUGGAAGGCUGUGAAGAACUGAAGAAACUCGACCUGACAGCAAAUUUCAUUGGUGAACUCUCCAGUAUUGAAGCCCUAAAACAUAAUAUACAUCUGAAGGAACUGUUUCUAGUGGGUAACCCUUGUACUGAAUUUGAAGGUUACAGACAAUUUGUAGUGGCAACUCUGCAUCAAUUAAAAUGUUUGGAUAGUAAACAAAUAGAACGUUCAGAGAGGAUUCAAGCACUUCAAAACUAUCCAGAAGUGAAACAGAAAAUCAGAGAACAGGAACAAGCUUAUCUUCUCAAAAGGGCUAGAGAAAAGGAAGAGGCUCAAAGAAGGAUGCAAGAAAGAAAGGACAAGAAACAAAAACAAAUGGAAUCUAAGCUUGGAUUUGACAGUCCAGACUCCAUACAGGAGAAAGAAAAAAAUCAGGCAGAAGGAGGUGAAGAACAAGAAUCAUGGAGAACAACUGAAGAUGAUGAAGACAAAAGAUUUUGGGAGGAGCCUACACCAUACACUCCAGAAUCUAGAUUAGAAACUCACAGAUACAUUGAAGAGAAACGGAGAGCUAAAGAGAAUGUAAGGGAAUCAAAAAAGAAAGAGAAGCCUCUUUGGACACUGGUCACUGCAGAGGGAAAAGUUCUGAACGUGAAUGUGCCUAAGCUUCAUUUCUCUUUGAAAGAUGAUGAAGAAAACAACCAGAUCAUCUUGGAUCUUGCUGUUUACAGACAUUUGGACACUUCUCUGCUUGAUAUUGAUGUCCAGCCAACUUAUGUACGUGUAAUGGUGAAGGGAAAGCCAUUUCAGUUUGUGCUCCCUGAGGAAGUGAAGCCAGACAGCAGCUCUGCUAAAAGAUCACAAACAACCGGUCAUUUAGUUAUCAGCAUGCCAAAGGCUAAAGAAAUAAUCCUGCCUAAGCAAAAAGUAGCAACUUUAGUUAAGCGUUCUGACUGCAAUGCACUGCAAAAAUAUGCAAGAAGGGGCAGACAAGUUGAGAAAUUAGAAGUGGAUCCUAGUAAAUAUUCAUUCCCUGAUAUAACAAAGAUAAUCCAAGAAAAGGAACGAAUUGGACUGGGACCUAUUAAGCUACAACCAGAGAAGCCUGCAGAGACUAAGAAUAGUUACGUUGAUUUUGAAAAUAACGAAGAUGUUCCUCUCUUGAUUUGAAACAUUCUGAAAUAGUCCCUCUGUAUGUGUUGCAUAUGCUUGAGGUGUUUUCAUGACCCUCUGUGUAAAGUAAAUAUAAUACAGCUGAAGUUGGAAA